CAACUUUUUAAAUGAGGAAUAAUGUCAAAAACUGACAAUCGAUUAAUGACAUUUUUGAGACCUUCUGAUAAGAAUUUAGACGCAGCAAAGUUUUCGGAAAAUUUAAGUAGCCAGAAUGUGUUAGAUUUUGGCAAUGUAAAUGCUAUGGUAGUGAGAACAUCAAAUGACAAUAAAUACUGGAUUAUUGGCCUUUCGAAUGGCACAAUUGUUCUAUUAUCCACUGAAGAUAGUGAGAAGCAGACAAAUAAUUUCUAUACUUUGAACGCAGAUGGCGAAACUCUCCCUUGUUCAGAUUUACAGCCUGUCCCAGAACUCAAUGGUCAAAUUCGGGAUAACUGUCACCUAAUUUUAGCCGUGUAUGUUUCUGGUCAUGCACGCUUAUGGCAUUACACAGGAGCAAUGAAUUCAUCACGUCUCUUGGCAACAAUCACGGAAGAAAGGAUCAGUAACCCAUCUGAUGCUCCUGUAAGAACAAAUGCAGAAAACGUGAUGAAUCAGAUAUUAUCGUGUUCAUGUUCAUAUGAUGGUAAACGAUUUGUAACUGGUGGGGUUGAUUGUCAUUUAAGAGUUUAUGACAUGAAAUCUCGUAGACGCUUGCGAAUGUGUAGUUCAAGUUUUACUAAGGAAAAAAUGGAUGGACAUGUAAUGCGUAUAUGUGCUGUGAAAUAUCAUCCACGUGGUGCUGUUUAUGAAGAUUAUGUGCAUAUAUUUAUUACCGGUGGUUGGGAUGAUACAAUACAAAUAUGGGAUGAUCGGUAUUUACAUUCUUUAUGGAUAUAUUAUGGUCCUCAUAUUUGUGGAUCAGAUGCACUGGAAAUCGAAUCAGAAUCAAAUCAUAUAUUAUCAAGUUCAUGGCGCCGUGAUAAAUCAAUUUUGCAAGUUUGGAAAUUUAAUGAAGAGCUUAUGAUUGAAUUUUAUAAUUCAGCUGAACAUCAAGGUGAUGAAUUGUCUAUACCAACUGGAAGGGAAAUCAUAAAUAAACAAACUGGAGCUUUAUACUACUGUAAACCAGUAGCUGAAAUACCUCAAGAUGCCUAUGAUGGACCGAGUAAAGGUUAUGUAGCAAAAUGGCUUGGACCGUAUUACAUAGCAUUCGGUGGGUCAGAUGCAAAUAUUCUAAAACUUAUCAGUCGUUUCACGUUGAAUUUUAUGAGUGCAAUCUUCAAAAUACCCGGUAUUUUCAUUGGGUCCUGAUCAAUAUCUACUGGAAAGUCGUAUGUGCAAUCACCAGGCUGUUAUCCUCUUAAAGAACCGGAUCCGCUCAUCUUAUAUAGUGUUGGUUGAGUUAGACCUUUUUAAUUUAUUUUGAAAAUAGAUGAAAAGCUCAUUGAGCACUCAAAAGGAACGAACUAGGACAAAUAAUUUUCUGUUACCAACACUUUUGAAAACCCUUUCUUGUAGACAAUCAACUCAAUAGUUCGAUAUUUAUAAUACAUUUCGAAAUGACGAUUUCAUACUACAUCCAUUUUAAUUGGCCAGUUCCAAUGGUUUCUUUUGCUCAGAAUUACCACUCUAAUAACAGAUGGAAAUUAGGGUUUCUGUCUUACUAACCUGGACUGUCUAAACAAUGAGGAAAGAGAAACGUUUUGAAGGGAAUUUUAACUUGUGACCUUACCAUCGAAAAGAGUUUAUAGAUCAUUUAAUAGCUUUCUCUUACGUGUGUAGGAUAUAAAAUUGUUAUGAGGUAAAUAAAUUAGAAACUAACAUUUUAGACCUCUCAUCCAUGAGAUAGAAAUUUUUAUAUACCAGAUUUAGAUUACUGGUGGUAUCUUGUCUGAAUAAAAUACUUGAGUAAGUUAUUCUUCCGCUGGACAAAUCAGUAUGAAAUAAUCAAUUGCUUUUCAUUGCAAUUUCAGAUCAGUUAACGAUAUAUGUAAAAUUAUGUUAUCAACAAGUGAUAAUUCUUUAGUCACAGACUGUCAUCUUACUAUAUUACCGCGGAUCAACGAGACAUUAGGAACUUUUUUAUAUCAGUUGUAUUUAUUGUCGAUUUCUGUGUUGUCACUAUAAGUCUGUUCUUCGUGCAGUGUCAAUCCAAUUAUAUCAAUAAUGUUUACUAAAUUGUACAUUCACGUUAUUUGAUUAAUUAAAUACUCAGGUUGUUGGAUCAGUAACGGAAUUGACAAGUGGUAUUUAUUCAUUGGCCUUUAUUGAGCCAAAGACAAAUGAUAACAGUAACAAACGUAUGGUGCAAUUCGCAUUUGCCUCUGGUACUCGUGUUUACAUUGCACAAUAUGAACAAAAAUAAAUUUAUGGAGAUUUAUUUUCUUUUAACCGACAACUAUUUACUGAAUUUUAUACUCAAAAAAUGGUUAUUUUUAUUCAUCUUUUUAAAAUAACUUUUGCAUUAGCAUAUGUUUUGCCGAUUGAAAUAAUAAUAUCGUUUUUCUUCCAAUUAACAGGAUAUACGUAAAUAAAAGACUCAAAUAUUUCCUUUCACUCAAUUUAUUGGACUUUUUGUCUAUUUACCAAGCCAUAUUACUCACUUUUAAGCAAACUUUUGAGAGCGUCUACCAAAGAAUUCUAGGACGCACAAUUCGUCCUAUUUAUUAUUCGUUUGCCGGAUAUGCCCGCAGUGUUUAUAUCCUCAUCAGAAUUUGAACUAAUCACCUCUCACAACCAAAUCCUUAGUAAUAAAAUUCAAGUUGGUCCCUUGUGCACUACCAGUGGCUGACAAAAAUCAUUACCCCAGUGGAUUUUAAUGGCCCUGAAUCUGACCCUAAUUAGAUUGUAUGUUUAAUUGUUAUUGAGAUAUACAUAUCGCCUAUCCUCG